CUUCAAAAUUGUACUGUUUCCCUGUGUUGGACCUUGAGAAGACACAUAGUUAGAAAGAAAGAAAUUACAAUGAGAAAAGCAGUAGUGAUUGUGUUUUUCAGCCUCUGUAUGGCCGUGGAGGUGAGUGGUGCUGCAGAUAAGACGAGAGGAUCUGUGAAAGAAAACCCUACACUAGAAAACACUAAGGAAGCGAAACAAGCUGACCCUGUUCCUGCAAGCAACAGCAUUUCAUCACCUUUUUUAGGUAAACUGCUGGUGGUGCCCAUGGAUGGGAGCCACUGGGUGGGCAUAAAAGCCAUUGCCCAGGAAAUGGGUCGACGUGGACACCAGGUUACUGUGGUGAUACCAGAAUUUAGCAUGAGGAUGGGCCCAGGAAAACAUUACAACACCAUCACCUUUCCAGUCCCUUAUGACCAGGCUGUCAUUGACCAUUUGAUGUCUCUGAACAAGGAUACACUGAAGAAAUCUACAGAGCCUUUUUUGGAGAGGAUACAGUCAAAAUUUUCUCAAUUCCAAAGGAUUUUCAAUUUUAUACACAUCACUGUAGAGAAACUACUGUUCAACACCAGUCUCAUCUCACAUCUGGAGCAGCAGAACUUUGAUGCCGUUUUGACAGACCCUAUGAUACCGGCAGGCUCAUUAAUAGCUCGAAAAUUAGGCAUCCCCACCAUUAAUCUGCUGCGUGGGAUUCCAUGUGGUCUGGAUUUGACGGCUGCAGGUUGCCCCGCCCCAAGCUCAUAUGUGCCUCGGUUUUUUACUGGAUACACAGACAAAAUGAACUAUAAGGAGAGAAUUAUCAACACUUUGGUGAGUUUAGUGGAGCCACUUUUCUGUCGACUGCUGUACUGGAAGUUUGAUAAUAUAGCCUAUCAGUUCCUGGAAGAAGAGGUGGGCAUAGCAGAAGUGCUGUCAGAAUCUGAUAUCUGGCUGCAGAGGAUUGACUUCACACUGGAGUUCCCCCGUCCCCUCAUGCCAAAUAUAAUUCUAGUUGGUGGAAUCAACUGCAACGUGAGAAAUCCUCUUCCUCAAGAUUUAGAGUCAUGGGUUUCAGGAAAGCACGGCUUUGUAGUCUUUACUCUGGGCUCCAUGGUGUCAGAUAUGCCAGAAGAGAUCACCUCCAUCUUUAUAGAAGCUUUCAGACAGAUUCCACAGAAGGUCAUAUGGAGGUACACUGGGAAUGUUCCUGGGAACAUCUCAGAUAACGUGAAGAUAAUGAAAUGGGUGCCACAAAAUGACCUACUAGCCCAUCCUGGAGCACGAGCUUUCAUCACUCAUGCUGGCUCGCAUGGUCUGUUUGAGGGUUUGUGUCAUGCUGUCCCCAUGGUGAUGGUGCCAAUUGGUGGGGACCAACCUGAUAAUGCAGAGAAGAUGGCGAGCAGAAGAGCAGGAGUCGUGUUGGAUAUAACUUCUGUCACCACAGAAAUAAUAAUUCAAGGACUGAAUGAAGUCAUCAAUGACACCAGGUACAAGGAAAACAUGGAGAAGUUGUCAUCUCUUCAUAAAGACCGGCCGAUUGAACCACUCGAUCUUUCAGUGUACUGGACAGAAUUUGUGAUGCGACACAAAGGGGCAAAGCACCUGAAAGCUGCUGUCCAUGGUCUCAACUGGUUCCAGUACUUCUGCCUGGAUGUUUUAGCACUAAUGGCUGCUGUGGUGCUGGUUUUUGUAAUACUGCUGACAAAAUGCAUGAAAGUAUGCUUCCAGAAACUUGGUAGGAAGAGGAAGCAGGACUAAGAUGAUGAUAUAAAUAAGUUUGUAUCUUCACCUCACUGUAAAGGAACAUUUAUUUAGAAACACAUCUCUUUGUGUAAGAAAUUUAUGAAAUCAAGCUAUAGUACCAGUCAAACGUUUGGCUACACCUACCUAUUCAAAUUUAAGAGGUACACUGGAUAACCUAAGAUUGGAGUUAGUCAAAUAUAUUUAACAGAUAUAACGCAAUUAGUUUCAGUUAAUUAUACACAGUUACGUCUAGUUAACAAAAACAAUUUCUUAAGGCAACAAGUUUGCAACUUUUAGAUUUUACAGUGUAGGUACAUGCUAACUUUUGACCUGAACUAUAGCAAGAAGAAAAUCUAAAAAUCACUACUUAAUUAGCAGUUGUAGUGUCAAAAUAAAUGUGAGUACUGAGAGAAAACUGGUCUUCAAAGUUCUUCCUCACAUUGGUCUGUUAAACUUUUCCUCAACAACAGCAGCAGUUUGUGAUGUUAAAAUCCGUUUACAAGUUAACAGAAUGAAUUAGCUUGUCAUGAUGAGUGCUAAUGUGGUUGGCAUGGCUGGGGUCAGUGUACAACAGUACAAGCAGCGUUACAUUGUUGAUUCAGUCGAGGAAUGUCUGACAUUCAUUUACCUCUUGAUAUUUCAUCUGUCUUUACGGCUUUAAUCAAACUAUUUACGCUCUGUAGUUCAGUCAGCUGAGACACUGGAGACACAUGAAAAAGGCGCAAGUGGGAUUUAACAGGUUUUAGGUGUAUUCAAGCAGGUUUUAGGUGUACUCGAGCAUUUUCUCGCCUCUCUUGAGGAGAAUAAAUUACUGUUCUGGUAUAAAUCAUCAUGUAGUCAAAUGGGAAAAGUUCCAUGCAUUUGUCAAAACUUGUUUUCUGCAAACAAAUCAAAACAACAAAAACCAAAGUACAAGAAGUCUUUGACUUCUAAUUGUAUUCUCAGUCAACAUUUCUGCUGCCCAGUCCUGCAUAUUUAAAUGCUCCCCUGCUUUUACACACCUGAUUCAAAUUAAAGAGAAAACAAGAGGUUUCUGCAGAACUUGAUGACAAGCAGAAAACAUCUAAAAUAUUCAGAGCAGUGGGUUAGGACAACAAAUA